UAAAGGGAUUCUGUCUUCUCUCCCUUCCCCCAAACCCUGAACCUGAGCACUGGACAUUUUCAUGCCUUUUCAUCUCACUGUCUUUUCAGGGUGUCAGGUAAAAGAAAGUGACACAGACAGUUCAGCAAUGUCUGGUUCCUCUGGGGAGAUUAAGCCCAAGAGUCUGAAGAUACCAGAUGUCCUGGAAGGUGACAAGCAGCGACAAAGUGGUGAUGGGGCUGGCUGCCCACCAUCCAUCCAGCCCGAGGCUGGAAGGGGGGCCCAGAAGAAGCCUCUGGGCAAACGGAGAGAUCAGAAAGCCUCUGAGGGCCUGGAUGUGCAGGGCAAGCCAGGGGCCAGGAACACAACUCUGUCUUCCAAGAGAAGCCCCUUUCCCAGCAAGCCACAGGAGGAGAAGGGGAGCAAUGUGGGAGUCAGGCUGCGCAGGAACGCCAGCUCUGCAGGAAGGCUCCAAGGACUCUCCAGUGGGUCAUUUGCUGGGUCCCUGGGAAGGAGAGAAUUUAAGAUAUCUGAAGCACAUUUACCUUCAGGAAAGAAGCGACCCAAAAGUCUUGAAUUUACCAUUUCUCCAGGAGAGACAGGACCUCUCAACCCAGAAACACUUCUGCUUCAAGAGAAAAUGAGAAGUGAGAAUCCAGGCUCAGCAGCCACUCUGAACACAGGGGCUACUGUGGCUGCAGAGAAAGGCUCCAGGAAUCCAGAACACGCCAUGACUCUGGAGGGGGGAGCACUCAGGAAUACACUUUCCAGUGUAUCGUUGGCUGGAAAGAAGAUCUGGGAGCAUCCAGAGUCCACAGUACCUGCAGAGAAGAGUGGAACUGAGGCUCCAAAGACCUCUAAGACCUUGGAGGAGGUGGUAGGUGGUGUGCUCCAUGAUCCUUCAAAUCCAGAAGUCCCUCCAUCUUCAGGUAAGAAAGGACCUCAGAAUCCAGAAGACCUGGCAUCCUUAGGAAUGAUGACCUUUGCAGGUUUCCCCCAAACCUGCUUUUAUCCCCACUGUAUUCAUUUCACUGGAUCCCUGGGUCCCCCUUGAGGUUCUCCACCCUUUGAGAAUCUGAUGUAGGCUCUGAAUCCUGAAAAAUGCAUAUCUGCACAUUUUCAUAAAAUGUUGCAUACAUUUUAGUUAGUUCGUUCUUAGACACUCUGAAGUCCUUUAGAAUUCCCAAGGGCUUCAUGGACCCCAGGUUGAACAUCUGAGAAAGACUGGGUACAAAUAUCACCUUCUCACAAUACCUCAUGGCAGUAUGUCAUGGGGCUGCAGGGCUGCAAUUCUGCUAUUCGCCUCUCUCUGGGCAGGGAGGGAGCUGUUGGCUCAAGUCCUAGGUCUCUUUUACUAAAGAGGCAGAAAUUAGGAUGGUGAUGGGUUGUGAAUGACAGAAACACCAAAAUAACAUAAUUGAAACAAGACAGACGUUUGUUCCUCUUUCACAUAAAUGACACACAGGUGGUCCAGGACAAAUGUGGUACCCCAUGGUCAGGAACCCAAGCUCCUGCUGCUUUUCUGCUCUAUGGAGUUUGCUCUCAAGGUCGUGGUCUCAGAUGGUGGCAUCCUCAUUCCAGGCAGCAGGAUGGAGAGACAAAGGAGAAUAGUAUUACUUAGGGAAGGUUUUCGGAAGUUUCUAGAUGCCGCUCAUGAUGCCUUCAUUUACUUUCUCUUGACCAGAAUGUACAGGCAUGUCGUGGGUUUGGUUCCAGACCACUGCAAUAAAGCGAAUAUUGCAGUAAAGCAAGUCACAUGAAUUUUCUGGUUUCCCGGUGCAUAUGUUUUAUACUAUACUAUCAUCUAUAUUAAGUGUGCAAUAGCAUUAUGUCUAAAAAAAAUGUACCUACCUUAAUUUAAAUAUACUUUAUUGCAAAAAAAAACUUUAUUGCUAAAAAAUGUUCACCAUCAUCUGACAACACGGUUGCCACAAACCUUCAUUUUGUUAAAAAUGAAGAGUCUGUGAAGGGCAAUAAAGUGAAGGGCAAUAAAUUGAAGUGCAAUGAAGUGAGGUGUGUCUGGAGUCUAACUGCACAUCUAACUGCAAGGGAGGCUAAGAAAUGUAGGUUUUUUUGGGGGGGUGGCGGGGAGAAGCCAUAUGGACAGCAAUCAAUGCUAUCACAAGGGAAGGAGGGGAAAACGGUCACUGGGGAGUUCGCAGUCUCACUUGCAGAUGUGAUAUGAAUUUCUGGGACCCUGUGAGAGGAGGAGGCAGGAGGGGACUCGUGGAUUGAGUGCGUUUCUAUUCCUCCUGUAUCUCCUAUCAUUUCUGCUUUAUGAAGCUGUGCUAUGGUCUUGGGGCAGAGCUGGUCAUAGCUGUAGGUCAUCACGGUGGGCUAUACCCUUCAGCCUUGUAAAGUCCCCUUCUUUACUUUCACUUCAUGCGUCCUAAAUCUGGAUGUGAGCAGUGGCCCAUUAAUUCCUUCAUUCAACAUGCACUUCCCAAAUGCUCACCACAUGCCAGGUAUUCUGCUAGGGGCUGAGGGUCUGGCCAUGAGCGAGUCACCAUCCCUUGGGAGCUCUACUCAAAUUAUGAGCAGUCUAGGUGGUGGUUAAGUGGCAAACACCAGUCAGAAUGUCUUACUGUCUUUAUAUCACCUGUAUCAGUGUAAGUGCAGGAGGAAGGCAUAGAAUUUGUAGCAAAAGGCCUUUCUUUAGGAUAAUUGCCCAAGAAUUCCAAUCCUCAGGACUGGUAUGAGAUCUAGCCCUUAGCCCUCAGUCCCAGUGGCUCCUUUGCUACCUCGCUGAAGGGAAGUCAGGGAAGGACAAGCUAGGGAGAGGCCUCAGUCUAGCCGAGAAUGUACGUAUCCCAGGCACGGACUCUCGCUAAGCUGUGACUUGCAGCAUUCCUUGGUAACAUCUUGGGUUUGUCACUCAUGAGAUUUUU